CGGGUUUCAUUUUUUGCGAGGGCGAUCUUCUAGAACAACGGGCAGUGGUGUCAUGCAGUGGAGCCGUGAGCACAUAACAGCGUCUCUUGCCUCACCGCUGCUGUGGGGAUCUCCAAGAUCUUCAUUUCUCUGCCUGCUCUUCCACGUGCCCCCCGCACCCAGACCACGUUGUGCGCGGCCGGGAUGCGCCGCACGAUUGGUCGCAGGCAUGUUCCCGGCCCCCUCUCGCGCCGCCAAAUUACCAGGCCCCAUCCUUUUAUACUUUCAGCCCUCUGCGCCCAAAAAUCUCCGAGCGCAGACACACGUGUGGUGCCGCCCGCCGCCCGCGUCCGGCCCUCCCUGCAUUCCUGCAUGCCCGCUUAUUUCCGGGUCGCUGGGCGCCCGCCGCUCCUGGCGCCCUGCGCGAGUCAUGCUCCGCCCGCGCUGCCGCCGAGCGACGGCGUCCCACGUGGCCAUGCAGCGCGCGCUGCUGCUUCCCUGCCGCCACCGCGAGCCCGUCGCGUGUAGGGCGGGGCCAGCCGUCUGCUGAUGUCGCCCAACACGUGCGCUGACGCUGACCAACAUGCGUGGCUGCAGUGCGCGCCCCCAGGCCUCGCCAGUCUCGCAAUUUGAAAUCCCGCACCCUCGAUCGACAUUGCCCUGUAUAGCGACGCCCGUCCCUAAAUCUACAACCACGCGGACGACAACCGCCACUUAAGUCCGGAGACACCGCCAAGCCAAACCAAUCGCCCGUCCCGCCCCAGCCCUGGCGCCCGCCAAGCCCAGCCACUAGUUUUUUUUUU